AUGGCUGACCCUCAAAAACAAGAGAAAGCGAAAGAGUCUCUUGUAGUCACGGCCAAAAAAUGGGGAGCCUACCUGCUUACGCUCCUGACAGAAAAUCCCGUGCCUCCAGCUCUUCUUGCUACGCUCGUCUUUGCACAACAUGCUCGCCCUUUCCAGCCCCUUCCCAUGUUGUUCCCUCCUUUGUUACUCUUCUCGACGUAUCUCAACCUCCAAGGGUUCAAGAUCGACAGCGCUGGAACGACAGCUGCGCUGAGUGGUACCUACCUAGUGCUGGCUGGCAGGAGGAGGAUGGGCUUCAUGAAUAAGUUCGGCGCGAGGGGCAUCAUUCGAGGCGCCACUAUGGGAUUAUGUCUGGUGAAUUUGGUGGGCGGAGGUCUUGCGUAUGGGUUUGGAAAGAGAAGAGAGGAGGACGACAAGAGAAAACAGCUAUGA